AUGGCCCCGCAGAGCGACCGAUCGCCGGACGAAAGGCAGCCCUAUUUCGGCGGCGCCGAGGACUCUCCCUCCGCGGGCGGCGGAGGUUCCGCAGGCAGCCGAGGCGCCUCGCCAGCCCGCACCGCCUUGGCCCCUCGGGAGGCUUCGGCCCGCAGGAAGGGGAAAGCGCGGCGGGGCCGCGGCAAGGCGCGGAACGAGGGGCUGCUCAGCAAGCAGAAAAGGAGCCGGCGGAUGAAGGCCAACGACCGAGAGAGGAACCGCAUGCACCACCUCAACUCCGCCCUGGACGCGCUCCGCAGCGUCCUGCCCACCUUCCCCGACGACGCCAAGCUCACCAAAAUCGAGACGCUCCGCUUCGCCCACAACUACAUCUGGGCGCUCACCCAGAGCCUCCUCCUCGCCGAGCAGGGCCUGCCCGAAGCACCCCCACCGCUGCCACCCCCCACCGCAGCCGCCUCAUCCCCCGGCCCCUGGGACUCUCCCUGCCCCGCGGCCCCGCCACCCCUGCCCUUCUCCGCGGCCCCCGCAGCCUUCCCCGCCUUCCUCUAA